AUGUCCCCUCUUUGGGGAUGGGCGCUUAUUUGGGUGGGAACCAUUUGGAUGAUCCCUGUGAAGACGGAAAAAAGGGAACCGAUCGGACAAAAUCUCAUCAUUUUACUCAUCGACGGAUAUGGAGCGGCAUUGUUGAAUCGAACGAAACCCGAGGCAUUGAUUGGAAUGCAGGCCCUCUCUGAGAAUGGUGUUCAAGCCGAAUAUCUUCGAAGUGUUUUCCCCACUCAUUCGUGGCCGAAUUGGAUGAGUCUUGUAACAGGUCUCUACACGGAAAACCAUCGUUUCACUGCCGAUUACAUGUGGUCCAAUGAGAAAGAUGUGGGAUUUCAAAGGGGAACAGGUCCAAACGAUACCGAUGAUUUGUGGUGGCAAGAUUUGCCGACUCCUCUUUGGUACACAGCUGGAAGAAAGAAUAUCGAUGUGAAUUGUUAUUGGUUCGCGCAUUGCCAUCGUGGUUUCGGGGAUCUUCUCGUGCUCGUCCCACCAAAGCGGCACAUCGACUUAUCAAACCCAGAUCAAACCACCGAUCUCGGUGAACAAUUCCCGGAGAUUGUAAAGAAGAUUUUCAAGAUUCAGCCCUAUAAGCAACAGCUUUUCCUCUUACGAUAUUCAAAAUUGGCGACAGCAAUCGAAACCCAUGGUUAUGGAAGUGACGAGGUGGAGGAGGCGAUCAGUCGAAUCGAUCUGCACAUUCACGAUUUACAGAAGCAACUCGACGAGCAAGGUCUCUUCGCAUCGACGAAUCUGAUUGUUUUGUCCGAUCAUGGUCUGGGCCAGGUCAACGAAGAAGAGCAAUAUUUCCUCGAGGAGUGUUUGGCUGACUAUUCAAAAGUGCAACGAAUCGUGAACAGCCACGGAAUGGUCAUGGUAUUCACUGAUCCUGAAGACGAGGAUACGAUCUUCUACGAGUUGAAAGUUUGCGAUCAAUGGGCUCCAACGGGUGAUUAUGAUGACACCGAGGCGCCUCCAGUAUCCGUUUAUCGAGCCGCUGAUAUCCCGGAAAGUCUCCGUUGGGCUGACUCACGCUUCAUGUCGCCGAUCGUUCUCAUCACCAAGCCUGGAACAACGAUUGUAUCGAGAGAACUGCCGUCACUUCCCGUCGAAGUGUCGACAACGGUGAAAGCUGUUGGUGGAUGGGAACCCGAGAGCAACGAUAUGCGCGGAAUCUUUUUGGCGAGAGGACCUGCCUUUAAAACGAAUGAGAAGUACGGACCGAUCGAUAUGGUCGACGUGUAUCAAGUUGCAUUGAACAUUCUCGGCAUUGAGCCUCCACAUGCGCACAAUGGAACGUGGUCACAAGUUGAAUCGAUGCUCACUGAAGGAUGGGAAGAGCGGCCAAACAGCGAGAAUCUCAACUCGUCAACGCCGACGUCCGCGCAUCUCCUCUUCAUUUUCUCGCUAUUUUUGUGCUUGAUGAGAAAUCGC